AUGUCGCAGGAAGCGUCAUCCGAAGCUGGGCCAUCUCGUCUCACUGCACAGUUCGACCAUCAGGAUGUCGAGGUGGACGCCGAACUUGCAGCCGUACCCAUGGUGGGCUUCUCGAUCAAAUAUCAAGGCACCUUCCUAUCGGCGAGGCUGGCUGAAGACGAGACGGUGGCGGACCUCAAGGCAAUCCUGUAUUCCAUGACCGAUGUGCCACCCGAGGGUCAAAAGCUACUUGGUCUGGUUAAGGGAAAACAGCCUAGCGACGAGACGCAGCUCGGCACCAUUCCGUACGCCCCUGCCGCGUUGCGAGCUCGUCCUUCUCCCACGAAAGCAGAGGGCAUCACCACUGAUACGGCUGCCGCUGCAGAUCAAGCGUGCAAGAUCACAGUGCAGUUCACACUCUUGGGCACGCCCGAGGCGAGUCGCUUCAAGGACCAGACCAUCCCGAGCAUCCUGUCGGGCGAUCAAGUAGAUACGGCUCACGACCUCAACUACCUCGAGCUGCCCAAAGCCGAGCUCACCGAGACACCCAAGCUGCCCCCCCACAAAGACCCCAAGAACUUGGCCCAGCUCGAGAAGAUGAUUCGUCGCUUCUCGGACUUUCCCAUCAUCAACCCCCCUAGACCGGGUAAGAAGCUGCUCGUGCUCGAUCUCGACUACUGCAUCGCCGACACCAAACGAUUGCUUGACGCCAACUCGCCCGCAGCGCUGGCGGCUCGGCCUGGACUGCACGAGCUGCUCAAAGCCGUCUACCCUCACUACGACAUUUGCGUGUGGUCGCAGACGUCAUGGCGAUGGCUCGAGGUCAAGCUGGUGGAGCUCAACAUGCUGGGCAAUCCGGACUACAACAUCUCUUUUGUCAUCGACCGCACACCCAUGUUUCGGAUCCAUUCGAAAGCCGGCAAGCACGAAGUCAAGGCGCUCGAGUUCAUCUGGCGCAGAUGGCCCGAGGUGUACGGACGCCACAAUACCAUCCACAUCGACGAUCUCAGCCGCAAUUUCGCCAUGAAUCCCAAGAAUGGCCUCAAGAUCAAAGCGUACAAGGACUCGCCCAACUUUGACACGGAGUUUCUGGCUCUAAAGAAGUACUUGUUGCAGUUGGCGCAUCCGAGCGUCGUAGACUUCACUCAGUAUCAGCACAUGCAUAAUGCUUGGAAGCAUUUCCAAGGCCCCGAGGUUUAG